GAUCUGAGUCUGCAGCGCUGCCCUUCCGGUGUUAUAGUUGUCCUUUGAUGAAAAAAUGAAGAAAAAUGAAGAAACAGACUAAUUGCACACUUGACUGAAAAAAGGAAAAAAGAAGUUUGGCUUGUUGUGCCGGCAAGUUUGGAAAGAGGACCUUAUGGGCGGGUGCUGAGAUAUAAUCACUUUGAACUGAAAAACAGAGAUUUUCUUUUGCACUGGGUUCUGGGAAUAAGCGCCUCAUUGGAGCCUCGCUGCAUAUUCGGGGGCGGUGCUUUUUUUUCGUCCCAUAGGCAGCGCUAAUUCGCCUCAUUGACGGCGGCGCUUUUUCGAGUAAAUACGGUAGUCCUUGCUGGUUUUUUAAUGGCAGGUAAAGAUUAUUAUAAAACCCCCCUUAAUGAUCUCCAACUUUUUUGUUUAUCAUUUUCAUGGUAAUAUUGAUUUUUUUUGGUAAAUAACUGUCAUCCCAAAAUUAGUUCAUGGUGAAAAAUUAGUGUUGACUUCGUAUAUGUCAUACAUGCUGUCCAAUUUGGAAAUAAUUGGAUGAAAAAAAUUCCGAGGACAGCCAAAAUUAGACGAGGCCGUAGGCCGAGUCCAUUUUGGCUGUCAGAGGAAUUUUUUGAAUUCAAUUAUUUCCAAAUUGGACAAGCAUGAAGUCCUCUUACUUAUUAAUUAUAUAGCUGGUUAGUUAAUACAGAUUUUUAGCGUGUCACAGACGCGAAAUAUUGUACACUCGAACCGUUUGUCUGCAAGAUCUAAAAAAUGCUUAUUCUUAUGGUGUCAUUCAACUUAUUCUUUACAAUAAAGAAACGUAGAACUAGUAUUGCUCUUUCACACUUUGCCAUUUUGUUGCCACUUAAAAUUUUGAAAGCUCAUUCUCAAUGAUCUGAAUGAUACGGUGUUACAUGUAAAAAAUCCGGCAAAAUUUCGAGUACAAAGAAGACAAAGCAACAACGCAAAUUCUUAAUUUAUAUACAAAAACUAUUGAAAAUAAACAUUUCAUUCAUUACCUCAAACCAUUUCAGCAGACUUUGUCCGUUUGUUUUUGUAAUACCAAGAUCUAAACACAAGUAUCAGUGUUUUCUUAUUCUUGUCCAAAGUUUCAGUGCCUGUACAUUUUCAAGAAUCUAUGCGUUGAUUGUUUCCGAUACAAACUUUCAUCAGUUUGGUCAUGCAUUUUCCUUUUAAUUGGCCCAGACAAGAAGCCAAAACAAAACAGCAGCAAAACAAAACGACAUCCACAGCAACAAGAAGCCGAGAGUGUUCGCCGACGAACCGCCGUAAGCCAACGAAACUUUUUUUGACGCGUUGUCACAAGGACUUUGCGCUGAUUGGCUAGAAUGCAUUGCCUAUUGUAUUUUCUGGCAUUUGAUUAACUCACACCAGCUGUCCUAUUUUUCUUAAAUUGGAUAGUUUGCCUAUUUGCAAAGGAAAGCCCUAUCUGAAACUAUCCAAAUUAAUCCUUAAUUGGACAGUUCGUAAAAAUUAAAGGAUAAUAGCUUUGCUGACAAUAUCGGAUUAACUAACAACUAUAUAAUUAAUACGAAGAAGACCAAUUACCUACAGAAGAGUGGGAAUGCUUACCAAACGCCCCUCAACUUUGUUCAGUACAGGAUUGAAUUUAAUUCCAUAAAACAUCAACAUUGCUUUAGCUUUCACAAUACGAGCUGUUGCGUCACGUUCAAUCCCGCCAAUGUACUGGGAGAGCUCAAACUUCCUUUUAGUAAUGGGACUAAAAUAUGCAAAAUUUUAAGUCGAUUAAUAAACAAGCCAUGAAUUUAGUAACAAGCUUAUAGCAAAAGUCCUUGGCUGAAUUUAAUGAUAAUAAUAAUAAUAAUAAUGAUAAUAAUAAUAAUAAUAAUAAUAAUAAUAAUAAUAAUAAUAAUAAUAAUAAAAUUUGAUAGGUAAGCCACAAUAAUACAGACCCCGUUAACACGGGUUCGGACAAAUUUUUGAAAGGACGAAAUUUAAUUUUUACAUGUACAAACUGUUUAUAAUAAUAAUGAUAAUAAUAACAAUAAUUAUAAAAGUAAAGUAAAAUUAUCAUAAAAAAUCUCGCAGAAUCCUUUGAGGAAAUUUUUUAAAAAGCUCUAUAACUCUGACAUUUUAUACGUACAAGACUGUCAGACCACAACAAGAUAAGAUUUGCCAUAAAAUAUCUUCCCAAGUCACAUCUAAGGUAAUGACGUCAUCAGUCACUUGACUAUUUCCGAAUUAGGUUUUUUUGUUGCUGUGACAAGAUUUCAUCAACGAGUUAAAAAAAAAUAGCAUAUUUGAGGUUAAGUUGUGUGGGGCAUUUAAAAAUAACCAGUUGACGUCCGGUAUUUAAAGUUUAAGGGGGUAAUGAACAUGGGCGAAAAAUUCGGGAGCCUAGGCGAAGGGCUGUAGAGAGUCAACCUUUUAUCACACGGCAGAGAAAAUUUGCGGGAAAGUAAUGUUCUACCUGAUAAUUUUUUCCACGACCAAAGAGGGACAUGACGUCAUCAGUCAUGUGAUCAAAGCCUUUUGAAUGUUUUAGUUCAUUUUUUAAAGUAUCUUUUUUGUCAUAAAUUGGCAAGUUUUUGCUGUUUUUCUCAACAAUUCUUUGCACUGUAUUGUCUCUGAGUAGUUAGUAUUCCAUUUUCAAAGCAGAACCAAACGAAAACUGAGCCAGAAGUUUAAAAGUUGCUUAAAUUGACCGAUAUUGCAAGUUAAAAUCGAAAAGGAGACCUACUCUUGGUGUUUCGUUCAUAUCCAGUCUUUUGCGGAUUGACAAAUUUUGGUUUUCCUCAUUUAGUUCGAGGCAGGGGCAAUCGAAGAUCGUUGGAACGUCUUGUGUUAUAUGAAUGAACAGUUUGAUUUUGAUAAAAUU